CCUUCAAUGGAGGGAAGAAGAAGCUCUUUACCAUUUCAAUUCUUUCAUUCCAUUUCAACCAACACUACACAAAUAGAACUUCUUGGCCAUUAAAACCCGGCAAAUUGUUCUCUCUUCAGCACUAUUCAUUUUAUACUUUCCCUAAACCUUAUUGAUUUCAAAUCUGCCGAUUUGCAGUUGAAUGAAAACGUGUGAAUGAGGUUUGUGAGUGCUCUUGUUUCUUUGAUUUUUUGAAUUAGUCCGGCGGAGGAGAGGUGGGAUGAUGCAAUUUGAAGGCGGCGGGGCGGCGGCGGCGGGUAACAACCUGCAUUGGAAGAAAGAGCUGACGCAAAUCCGCAAGGCUGCGAGGGUGCUCAGGGAUCCUGGAACCUCCUCGUCGUGGAGGCCAUCGCCGUCGCCGCCGCCUGAUUCUGCAAGAUCUCUCACCAAGAAUAGCCGCGUUGAAGGUAAUGCCUUUGAGCUCAAUUUUAAUGUGGGGACUAAUAAUAGCUCUAAUAGUGAGAGGAAAAAGGGGAGAGUGUAUUUGCAUAAUUGGAAGAGUCAGAAAUCUGAGAGUGAAAGGAGUAGACAGAUUAAUGAUGAUGGUGGUGGUGGUGGUGGUGAUGUGGAGGGAUCUUCCUCUACUCAAGGGGAGAGCUUUGAAGUUGAUAGCUUGAAUACUGUGAGGAAUGAUGCCAAGAGUGAUGGUUAUCAGACUGAUAGGUUUACUGCAGCGUUGUUUAAAUGUAUGGACUCGAGCUAUACGCCGUGUAUUAGGCGCAGGAGGAAGAAGAAAUCAGCGAGGAGUGGUUAUUCUAGUCCUGGUUCAAGGCAGAAAUUGCAGAUGAAGAUGUUGCUAAGUCGAUACGUGAAAAAUGCAAUUGAUGAUUCGCCAAGUGUUGGUUCGGGGAGGGAAGAUUUUAUGAGUUUGAUUGGUCAGUCAGAUGAAAAUGGGGGUUAUUGCAAUUCGGAGGAUCUAGGGAGAGAUUCUGCAGUGUCACAAUUGCUUGCUAGGUUCAAGAAUAACAAGGGUUGGUCUUGUCCUCCUGUGAAGAUGAUGAGGAGUCACAGGAAGGAGGAUGAUUCUGUUCCAUAUAGCACGCGGGCGUUGUUGGCACGCCGUUAUAAUAGAUAUGCAAUCAGGAAUCCUAGUACAGUUGACUCUUGGGUUGGAAUGACCGGUUCAUUUGACGAUGGUGAUGAUGAGGUGGAUGAUCAGCGAGGAUGUGGGAUUCCUUGUUAUUGGUCUAGGAGGUCAACACCUCGAUCUAGAAACGGAAGUUCCUGCUCUCCAUCUCUUUCUGACGUUCUGAGAAGAAAAGGAAGCAGCUUGCUUUGUAGAAGCCAGACCAUGUCUCAGCAAAGACAUCAAGGAAUAACUUUGCGUUCCAACAAGAGGAAGCUCAACUCUAAGAUAGCAGCUCCUCUUCUUGACAGCGGUGCUGAUGGAUCAUCUUUGAGAACCAUGGAAAGUGAUGAUGAACUCACAGCAAAACUCGCAGAACUUGAUAUGGAGGGCAUGAGCCGGCUGGCUGGAAGGAGGUGGCGAUCUUCAAGUUGUAGAAGUCUGGAAGGGCUAGAGUUUGUAGCUCGAGAAAGUUUUUCUGACAAUAUCAAAAGCCUGAGCCACAAAUACAGGCCGAUGUGUUUUGAGGAUUUAAUUGGACAGAAUAUGGUUGUUCAAUCUCUUGCGAGGGCAGUUUCAAGGGGAAGGAUCACCCCGAGUUAUCUAUUUCAAGGCCCUCGCGGAGUUGGAAAGAAAUCAAUGGCUCGGAUUUUUGCUGCUGCUUUGAAUUGCCUUGCCACCGAUGACAGUAGGCCAUGUGGUGCCUGCAUGGAAUGUGCCGACUUCUUAACUGGCAAGACCAGAUUUAUUGAAGAAGUUGAUUGCUCCAAUAACAAGGGAGUUGACGGACUGAAAGAUGUCUUAAGAAACAUAUCAGUGGUUCAUCCUUCAGGACUUCCACAUUGCAGGGUUAUUGUCAUGGAUCAGUGUCAUUUACUGCCCUCGAAAGCAUGGCUUUCAUUUCUUCGGGUUCUUGAAAAAACAUUACCUUUUACAGUUUUCAUACUCAUAACAACUGAUGUUGACAAUGUGCCACGAGCUAUAUUGACCCAGUGUCAGAAGCAUAUUUUCAACAAAAUUGGCAAUGGCGAUAUUGUUACUCGACUAAGGAAGAUCUCUGUUGAAGAAAAUUUAGAUGUUGAACCAAAUGCGUUAGAGCUGAUUGCUUCGAGUGCAGAUGGUUCACUACAUGAUGCUGAAAUCAUGCUGGACCAGUUGAGUUUGUUUGGGAAACAAAUCACCAAGUCAUUGGUGAAUGAGCUGAUGGGGGUUGUCUCCGAGGACAAACUACUGGAGCUUUUGGAAUUAGCCAUGUCAUCAAAUGCUACCGAAACUGUAAGAAGAUCCAGAGAAGUGAUGGAUUCAGGUGUCGACCCACUAGUUCUAAUCUCACAGUUGGUUACUCUUAUUGUGGAUAUUAUUGCUGGAACUCACCUGAGUGUUGACGCAAAGCACAAUGAUUCAAUCUUCGGUUGGAAAACUUUGACAGAGAGAGAGUUACACAGAUUGAAGCAUGCAUUAACAUUACUAUCUGAGGCAGAAAAGCAUCUGAGGGUCUCGAGUGAACGAUCAACCUGGUUCACAGCAACUCUAUUACAAUUAGGUUCUAUGCCCUCUCCUAGUCGAACUCAUUCCACAAGUAGUCGAGGGCAGGUCUCCAAGGCAACUGAGGAGGAGCACGCAAGUAUACCUGGAGAAUCGACUGCCUCCAGGCACAACUCUGACAAACAAUUUGCGCCCGAAAAGUCAACUUCUCCCACAUCCUGUAUGUUUUCUGAUCAAUGCAAUUCUGCGAGCAAUGUCAGACCAACUCCAAAUACCAACCAAAGUCAAUUUAACGACUGUAUAAGUUUGACUGUCUCACACGCUGACAGUACAAACAAGAGAACCACAUUGAGGUGCGUGAAUUCAGAGAUGUUGGUUAGUAUUUGGCUUCUGUGUAUCGAGAAAUGUCAUUCUGAGACACUGAGGCUACUGCUACAUUCUUAUGGGAAGCUUGUUUCAAUAUCAGAAAUGAAAGGUGGUUUUAUUGCUCACAUUGCAUUUGAGGAUAGUGAUAUCAAAACCAGAGCACAAGGCUUUCUUAGCAGCAUCACUAACUCAUUUGAAGCUGUUUUGCGACGCAAUGUGGAAGUUAAAUUAAGUCUACAAGAGGAUUCUUUGGAUCAUAAGCUGAUGAACGAGAUUCCAAUAAACCAGGAAAACAAAUCAACAUGCUCAAAUGUUAGCACAAGUAUGGAAGAUAGCAAGUCAGAUAUUCCUGUGCAGAAAACUGAAUCCAUCAUCCUCGAGCAAAUAUCGAAAAAUGCCUCGUUGCAGGCAUCGGACAAAGGAACACCUCAAUCAGUGAGAAAUUUGAGACCUGAAAGGAAUCAAGUUCUACCACAAGAUGAGUUGAAUCAUGAAAUGGAAAAACUAAAUAUGAACGACGAAGUGGCACCUCAGAAAGAUCAGGUUGUUCAGAACGCUGAUCACUGUCCAAUCUCCCCGAGCUUGCUUCAUAAUACCACAUUUGGCAACAGUUUCCGCAAUGAUAACAAAGGAUACGAAUCUGGAUCAGGAGGCGGAGGUUGCAGUGCGAUGCUCUGUUGGAAUAACCGGACACCUCAAGCAAGGGGAAAGGCUAAGAAAGACGCAUCUAGACAUGCGGCUAAAAAAGGGCGAUUUUCUUUAUUCGGAGAGUGUGGGAAAUGAAGAAACAGACAACAGAGACAGUAGAUAUAACUUCAGGCAAUCCUGUGUUUCACAUCAGUUAUUUUAUUUUGUAUUUAUAGGCUUAUGUGAUCCUAGCCUUGUAUGUUUCUCGAAAAAACAUGUGUUUCCCGGCCCAUCAGCGUGUUUUUUUUUGUUUUACGGUACAAAAAAUUUAUAUCCAAGUGAAACGUAUUAAACUUAUAAAUCUCAUAUAGUAGGUAAUUAUGUAAAAUCAUUUGUAAUGUGCAACAUGCUCUUAGGAACAAUUGUAUUCACCUAUAAAUACAGGCAUGUACAAAUCAUUUUUCAUGUA